AUGUGUUCGUCGGCCGGGAGGGGUGGGGGUUGGGAGGAUGAGACAGACAUUCCUGAACGUACGACCCCUCCUCCAGUUACGCAACCAGCAACACAGACCUUUGGCACAUUGGCAUCAUAUCCACCAUUUACUCACGCAACAGUGCCAGAAGUUAUUUCACCACCAUCACCACCAAGCAGUCGACAGUCGCAAUAUAAGCAGCAAGGGUCUCGCCGAUCAGCAAUCUUACGUCGAAUCCGUCAGACAACUGGAAGCUUAGAAGAAAUUCCAAUAUUUCUCGCCGCUAAACGGCCUCGUACGGACACACCAUAUCCGACCUCGCCACCACUAUCCCACUGGCACUUUGCACCGAUAGUCACAUCACCGCCAAUGGUAUCAAAACUACGCCCGCAACGGCUCUCCCGCCACGCACGACUAGCAAUGCCUCAUAAGCAGUAUCAACCAACAUCGCCCCUUUACUACAUUCCACCACCACCACCCACUAUCCGGCCACGUCAACCCAAAACCAAUGCAUUACGGCCAACUGCAGUACCACUCAUGCAACUGGACUCAAAAGCGCGUCGAACGCAGCAACGAGCACAGCAACAAAAUAGGCAGCAUGACCCUUAUUACGCAACACCAUCAACAGCAGCUGCCGAGCAACAGAAUUAUAUGGCUCUCCUACCUCCACCACGAUAUACGACCGUAACCGCAAAACCAAAAAAACCAUACGCACAACCAAAGAAUGUACAACAACAUACACCUCCACCACCGACUGAUUUAGUUGACGAACCGCGGCAACAAGGUUAUCCAGCACAGCGAUACCAACAGCGAGAUACGACAACAGCAACGACAAAUAAACCGAACCACGUCAUUUUAUCAGAUUCAACAAUGUCCCGUUUCCGGCUGUCUCAAUUUAACAACAGCACAGUCAGCGUCCGCAUAAAAUCUAACUCCGGCUUUGGGAUACGCGAUUAUAUUAACCAGGUCACCAGUGGUCAACUCCGAUACCUCCUAGAGGAAUGUUUAUCAGAGCAUAUUUAG